AUGUCUAGAUCUAGAAAUUCUAUACCUAAGGGAUGGCUAGGAUGCCCACAAAAUGGUAACUCCUUAAUUGCGAAUAUAUUUAUGCCGUUAAAAACACCUUUAGAUCAUAAAUAUGAUACUAAACUACACCAGGAUGAUCGUUAUUAUCCACAAACAAUAUUUAGAAGAGCUGAUAAAAAUAAGAAGGUAAUAGGCCUUUGGAUAGACUUAACCAACACAGAUAGAUACUAUCAUCCCUGUGAAAUUGAAGAGCGAAACUGUCGAUAUGUUAAAUUAAGCUGCCCUGGUCAUGGAAGUGUUCCUUCAAGAUAUGUUAUAGACAAAUUUUUACAAUUAUGUAAGGAUUUAAAAGAUAGGGAUCCUGAUGAAAUCAUAGCAAUUCACUGCACACAUGGAUUUAAUCGAACUGGAUUUUUAAUAGUUGUAUAUCUUGUGGAAAUAUUAAAAUAUGAUGUGAUGACUGCAGUCAAAGUGUUCGCAAAUGCAAGGCCACCUGGUAUAUAUAGAGAGAACUAUAUAGUUGAAUUAUUUAGACUCUAUGGAGAUGUUUCAAGAACUCCAAGAGCACCCCCAGAACCCUCUUGGUGUAGCAAAUCAUAG